AUGUCCGAAGACCCAAACGAUACUUUCUUCCCUACAGAGAGGGAGGAAGCCACAGAAUGGCUCAACUCCCUCCUCAACAAGAACCUCCGCGUAUCCGUUACCGACGGCCGCAUGUUCUGGGGCCAGUUCAAGUGUGUUGAUGCGGAAAGCAACAUCAUCCUCCACUCAACCUACGAAUACCGCUUCCCCACCUCUUCCCAGCUCGCAGCAGCCGCAGCAGCCGUUACCUCUUCCCUUGCCCCUUCGUCCUCUUCCCUUACCCCUUCGUCCUCUUCCCUUGCCCCUUCGUCCUCUUUUCUUGCCACCUCCUCCACCAUCACCGCCUCCUCAGCCCUUUCAGCACCCUCAGACCCCUCUCUAGACCCCCCAGCACCAUCAACCUCAGCCUCAACUUCAACAGCCCAAGAAGACCUCGAAGAAGCCUACGACCGCGCCGCCGCCUCCGGCAAAAUGAAAGUCGACCUCUCCUCGCGCUAUCUAGGACUGGUAGUGAUUCCAGGGGAGUACAUCACCAAGAUUGAGCUGGAGGAAUUUGCUAGUCAGAUUCGGAAAAGGAAUAAGGGACAUGGGCAGGGAUUGGGGUUUCAUCCUGGUUGGAGAGAUGCUGCUGCUGCCAGUGGUGGGAUUUCUUAG